UCUUUUUAUUCUAUAAAAGUAUAAAACAUUAAUGAUUAUCAAUAUUCCUAAACAAUUAUAUUUCAAUAGAAAAAUUCGGUUAAAUUGAUGUGAUCCAGUUUUCAAAUUCUAUUUUCCUGUACUCGCACUAAGAAGUAACUAAAAAUAACAAUCAUCAAUUUGUUGCAAUUAGGCAUCAUAUAAAAUAAAUAUCAUGACUGACCUAGAAAAUGCAGUUGACCGCUACUUGAACAAUUAUGAUGAUGUUAUGAAACAACUUCCUCCAGAUGGGCAAAGACAAGCAAGUCGUUUUUUUGAAAUUGAUUGUCGUCACUCACAUAUUUUAAACAAAUUGACAAAAUUCACUAAAAACCCUAAAGAAUUUACAUCUACUGAUGGACAACGCAUGAAGAAAAUGUUGAUAGAGUCAUUAGAUUUGGCGGAUAGAAAAGUUGACAUUUCAGAAUGUCUAUUGGACAUGGUUGAAAAAAAUAUGCUUACUUUAAAUAUGAAUUAUAAAGAAUUUAAAACGACAAAAUUAUGUUUAAAUAAAUCCAAUAAAAAUACUAAAAGAUUGUUAAAUUGGACACCUGAUUAUAAGGAAAUUGAUUCAGACUCUAAUGAUGUACUAAAUAUAGAUAAUUCUAGUAAGCGUCCAAAAAGAAAUAUAACAAAAACAACCACUACAACAUCAAACAAAAGUGUAGAAAAUAAUGCAAAUUUGGAUAGCAAAUCAAGCACUAAUCAAAAUAUAAAGAACACUACAAACAAAAAGUCUAAAGCACAUCGACCUAAAAAUAGAAAAGUAGUUUCAGAAUCAGAAAGUUCUGAUAGUGAUAAUGAAUUACAACCAAAUUACUGUAUUUGUGAAAAAAUAUCUUAUGGUGAUAUGGUUUGUUGUGACAAUGAUUUAUGUCCAUUUGAAUGGUUUCAUUUUGGCUGUGUGUCUUUAAGAAAAAAACCCAAAGGAAAAUGGUAUUGUCCACGUUGCAGAGGAACUAAUUCCAAAACCAUGAAGCCUAUAGAAGUAAUUCGUAAAGAACUUGAAGAAUAUAAUAAACGUAAAGAAGAAAACUGGUGAAUGGUGCAAUUCAUUUAAAGAUUAUAUUGUAUUUAAUUUAACUCUCAAUGUAUUAAUAAAAAAAAAACAUACAUUAUGUGUCUAUUAUUA